UCUGGCCAUAAAUACCCAACGCCGUCACAAAGGAUUCUGCUCUCGUUGACACCAAAAAACUGUUUACUGCGAGCCCACGCUUCCGACGGAGAGAGAGAAGGAGAUGAAGCCGUCGCCGGUGGACUACUUCGCAGAGACGGAGGACCAUGGAUCGUCGAUGGCCAUGGACGUUGACGACAGCGAAGCCCUAGAAAUGUUCGGAGAAGGCCCGAUUUCCUUCGACAACAAAAUCGCCGACGCCGACUUCUAUAACUCCUUCGAAGACGACUUCGACGACACCGAUAUCAACUGAACUCUCCACAUAGUCCUCUUUCUAGUGUUUUUCGGAUGUGAGGUAUACUUUUCGUUUUUUUUUUUUUUCCUUCAAGUUUUUACGUAUGGUUGUUUUGAUGGAACGUACGAGGAAUCCAUAACCAGAUACAAUUUGUCGCGUCGAUUUUGAUGCGAAGCUAUGAUUGAAUUAGCUGUUUGGUUUUUGUCCUUGGGCAAAUUUGUGUAUCUGUUCUUCAUAUUGUACUGUUAAAACUUAAAAUGACUCGCCCUGUUUGUUUGACCGGA